AUGCCACAGGCCCCACUGCAACCACCACCACCACUGAUCGCGAUACGAUCGAUGGCAGCCCCAGCGAUCGCAGCAACAUCGACAACCACAGCACCAAUGGGUGCUGGGAAUGCAGUAGUGAUGCUGCCACCACUGCCGAUCCCGACAGUGGUGGAAUGGUGGGUCUCAUUUGGGACCCACCAGUUCACACUAUACCACACGGAGGUGUGCACCGUGUGCUACGGGUAUCUCCAACACAUCGCGAUGGCACGCAACAUGGCCCCCUACCAGGAAGCCCACACAGAUGCGCUCAACGCUGAGCAGCACCUGUUCUGGGAGCACUUCUAG